AUGCAGCAAACUCGCUCCCUUUGUGCUCUCUUCGCUCUCUUGGCUACCAUCUUCAUCGCUACUUCAUGCGUUGACGCCGCAGGCCUCUCUUCCAGGCAGACCAACGCCGACAGACUCCGCCGGAAUCUUGGGCCUUUGCCUCCUGUCAAGAGAAAGCCUUCCGGCAUCCUCACCGCUAGGCAGACAACCACCUCUGCGACGGCUACCACUGGUCGUGCUGCCAUCGUGGCGGCUGAUGGUACUGUCCUUGGCCAUUUAUCCGCUGACGAUCCGAGCCUGGUCGAUGCCAGCAGCACCACUCGCAGGCGCAACCUCUUUGCCCGCACCAGCGACGUCGUCUUGCACUUCGUUGAGGGUACAGGCAAGGGCAAUGGAAGUUUGUUGGCUCAGAAUGCUCUCUACACUCCUCCCUAUAUCGGACAGUCCAACAAGACGCUAUCCGGUCAGAAGUUGUUCACCAAUGUCGCGGAGGGCGCGUUGUCUACCAUGUGGAGCCUGAACUCAACGACUGGAGCGCUCACAGCCCAAUGGACCAACCCGAACGGUAGUCUCCCCAAGACUUACAUUUUGUACAACAAGACUUCUUCUCGUCUCUCGUUCUCCAGCAAGAAGAACGUGACCGGGAUGGUGGGAGUGACGUUGUCCCUCUCCACGUGA